AUGACACCAGAGGUGUCCACCGCCGAACAGGUAUUCAAGCGCUGGGAACAAAUCACCAGUUCUAUUUUGGAUCAAUGUCUCAAUCUGACCCUGAAGCGUUGUCUGACGGUCCCGUACGAGAAACUCGUGCUCCAACCCGAACGCACGAUGAGACAUGUUUUGCGCUUCCUUGAUGUACCGUGGGAUUCCAGUGUGCUACACCACCAACAAUAUAUUAAUAAAACUACGGUUCUGAGCAGGUGGGAACCAAGUACUGCUCAGGUAUCCUAUCCCAUCCAUUUGGCUGCUUUGAACAGUUGGGCCGGACCGAAUUCUGUACUCCCGCAGGCGUUCAUUAGAAAUGCUCAUAAGAAUAGCAGUUUGUUGUGGCUUUUGGGCUACGCCAAAUUGAACAUCCCGCCCAGUUAUGGUCAACCGGAACCGGCCAUCGUGCAUCGGACUCAGAAACUGUUCGGGGAUCCGCAGUUCCGACGCGUGAUGCAAUAA